ACAACAGAUUUUACCAUGGUUCGAAAAUUCAAUAAAUCUUUUAUAUUUAUAUUAAUAAAACGCAGACGUUACUUUGGCACAAUUAUUACAAUUAAUCAUAUAAAAUUUUCUUACUUACAGCUUGCGUUAGAGCUGAAUACAUGUAACACAUGGGACGAAAAAGUGAAAGUAUUUCAUGCUUACUUCCCGAAGGAUUUAAAUGUAUUGACCAUCGAAAAUCAAAAGCUUAUAUAUUUCACAGUUUUCAAUCAUAUUGUCGCUGUACAGGAUUACGAUAUUUCAUCAUUACCUCGCCUUAAAUCAUCUAUAACAUUGCUAAAACCCACAUUUCCGAUUGUUUCUUUUACUGAAGAGGAUUAUGGUUUACAUAAGGUUACCGAAGGUAAAGUGCAAAUUCAUUAUGUGGAAGGUAAUCAUAUCACAAUGAUGGACAACGACAAAAUCAUAUCAGCUAUUAACGAAGAAUGGAUAGACGAUAAUAAGAUAAAAGAUAAUAUAAUACAAUAUAAGGAGGAGGAGAAGGAGGAGGAAGAAGAAGAGGAGUAAUAUAAUAAAUAUAUAUACUUUAUUGGGACGCGGCGACAUUAAAAUUUACUGAUAAUGUUAUCCUACAAUACGUCGAUCUUUAAAAUUUAAAAUAAGCAUAGUAUAAAAAGAUAUGUGUGCUUAAAUUUUUGUGUUUAACUGUUUAACAAUAUAUUUCAAGAAGUGAAGAAUCCAAUUAAUUUCAGACAAUUAUGCUUCUUUUAUGUUUUAGAAAGACUAUAUUAUAAUUGUCCGAAAUCGAUUUAAUUUUUCUUAAAAUAUAUUGUUAAACACAAAAAUUUAAGAGUACAUAUCUUUUUAUAUAUGGUCAUUUUAAGGUUUAAGACGUAUGAAACAACCUCUCAAGAAUAACGCAUAUAUUUGAUAGUAUUUUAAGCAAUUAUCAUGGAAAAGGUAAGAUAUAUAUAUGUAAAAUGUAAAAAAAAAACAUUUAUGAUCUAUUU